UUUACACACAGUGCAAGGAAGGGGUGGUCUAAAACACUCUUCCUUUAAGAACAUCAAUUCUCAAAAUAUGGAGUAUACGUGUGUUUUAUAUUUAUUACUGUGUUACGUAUGUGUAAUAUUUGGACAAGAUCCCGCGUGUUCUGGCAGAGAUCAGUGUUCAUGUGUGACUACUGACAAUCAAGUUAUAGAUCUCAGUUCAUUAGGAAAAACAGAUGGAAAUGCGAUGUUUCCAGAUUUACAAGCACCAGAUGGUUACAUGUAUUCAUACAAUCCAUGUUAUCCGUUCACAGAAAUUCAAUGUGUUGACCAGGCAGUUUGUCAAGUUCCAGUAGACAGAACCACAUCUUAUCCGGCUGGAGAUGCUGUUUCUGCUGUGUUCUCAAACGAUGGCAUCAAUAACCGUAUUACGUAUUCUUCAACAGAUGGCGCUGGCACGACAAGACAAUCACAAGUGACACUGGUAUGUGAUCCAAGUGCAAGUACUCCCGUAAUGACACCUCUUGGUGAACAGGGAAGCAGCAUAUAUUACUUAACAUUGACUUCAAAAUGUUGUUGCCCUGGUGGAUGUGCCGAUGGUCCUCCACCGACUGGCCCUGGCCCAACGAAGAAACCCGGAGAACCAGGAGAAAUAGAUGGUCUAAGUAUAGGCAGUAUUCUUUGUAUUGUAGUCCUCUGUGUUGGUGUUGUUUACUUGAUCGGAGGAGUUUUGUUCAUGAAAUUUGGAAAGCAGGCAUCAGGGGCGGAUUUAAUGCCAAAUAAAAAAUUCUGGUCAGGUGUUCCUACAAAUAUAAAGACUGGAUUCCAAUUUACAUAUGGAAAAGUCCGCGGGAAGUCAUCUGCUGAAUAUUCAUCGAUAUGAUAAAUUUGAUACAUUUAUUAAUAUGGAAAUACUGCAUUAUACUAUUGUUAUAAUAUUGUACAUUUCAGCUUUGAUAAAUAUUUGCA